UUUCUGAAAAGUGUCAGAGGAUCUGUCCUGGAACCAGCACAUAGCUGUCAAUACAAAGAAAGUACGGCAGCGCCUAUACUUUAUUAGAACUAUGUCACCUCGAUCUUGACAGCCCUGUCUUUUCAGCUGGCAUUUAAAUUGGCCAAACAAGGGAACAGCGCCUUGGAAAGAGGAGUGAACAUCGCGUAGAGCAAGUGAAAUCGGCAAUCACCUCUGAUCUGGGCCGACAUUUUGGGCAGCACGAAAGAGGUUCAGCUGCAGCAAUCGAAGAAAAAUGUCAGAUCCAGAAGUACUUGGUAAGAGACUUCAAGACCUCUGUAAUUCUUCAACUUCAGAUCUCUCAGAAGUGGAGCAAUUAAUUGCAAAGGGAGCAUUGGUUGAUUUUGAUCCUGAUGACAUAGGGACCCCUCUAUUUUUAGCAGCAGAUAAAGGUAAUGAGCAGGUUGUUGAAUUGCUCUUGAAAAACAAAGCUAACGUUAACUAUAAGACUAAGAGUUAUGGUUGGUCACCUCUCCAUACUGCCGUACAAUCAAAUCACGAAAAGGUUGUUCAUUUAUUGUUGAAGUAUGGCGCAGACCCACAUCUCAGGAAGAAGAAUGGAGCAACGCCUUUCAUUGUUGCUGCGAUAAUUGGUGAAGUGAAUUUGCUCAAAGUGUUUCUAUCCCUUGACACAGAUGUCAACGAUGCAGAUGACAAUGGCUUUACUGCCUUCAUGGAAGCAGCAGAACAUGGCAGGGAGGAUGCCUUGCGUUUCCUGUUUAGUUGCAAAGCUGAUGUGAACAAGCGCAGGGAAGUGCCGGACACCAAAGCAAAUGUGGGCAGAGGUGGAAAGACAGCACUCAUGAGUGCUGUAGAGAAUGGUUAUGAAAAUAUUGUUAACAUCUUAUUGGAUGAAAUGAAUGCUGAUGUUAAUGUGCGAGACAACCUUGGCAGAACAGCUUUAAUUUUUGCCUUAAAGGAAAACAGACGGACAAUUGUGGAAACCCUAUUGAAACAUGGGGCAGAUGUAAACUCCAUAGACAAGAAUAAAGAAACACCUUUGAGCACCGCUUUGAAAAGUGAGAAGUUAGAUAGUGAUGUGGUGGAAAUGCUGCUGAAGCAUGAACCAGAUGUGAAUGUUCCAGACCAAGCUGGGAAAACACCCCUGAUUCUUGCAAUAUCAAAUAAUUUCACAAAGGUGGCCAAACUGCUGCUGCAGAAUUAUAGUGUUAACAUCAAUGCACGAGACGAAACUGGUUCGACGGCUCUCCUGGCAGCAGUGAACAGCAAAAAUACUGAGUUAACCAGAAAGUUGUGUGAGAUGGGAGCAGAUGUGCACUCCCGUGACAUUACAGGGACUACACCAAUAAUGAUGGCCAAACGUCGAUAUGUUAAAGAAAUAAUAGAGAUAUUGAAUAAGUAUGACUUAAAGACUACUAAUCAAAAUGUAGAAGCUUCUUCAAAUUGGAAGAAGUGCAGUAAACGUUGGCAUGGAGAACUGGAGAAAUUGCAGAAUGUUGACUGUAACCCAAUUGGAAACCUGAGACUGUCCAGGAUUGAGGAUUAUAAGAUUACUAGGGAAAACAUGACUGAAGUUUACCUUGGUUUCCAUAACAGACAUACUGAGGUGGCAGUGAAAUGCCACAAGAGGUACAGCAAUGAAGCCUUAAAGGAAACGCAAUGCCUCAUGGAGCCAAAAAUCAAAGCAAGCAGUCUGUUUGUUAAACUUGUGUCUCAUGAAUAUGAUGAUUAUUGUGACUACCUGUGCCUGGAUCUCUGUGAGUAUAAUCUAGAAGAAUAUGUGCAGCAGGAGCCUGAAGGAUGUCAGUCAGGAGCCCCAUACGUUAUGAAGCAGCUGAUUGAGGGUCUUCAGAUUUUGCACAGAGUCAAGAUUGCACAUCGGGAUUUGCAUCCAACAAAUAUCCUCAGAGAUGUUGAAAACCGUGUACUCCUGGCAGAUUUCGACAAGAGUGAGCAUUUUGAUAACAAUUCACCUGUAAAGUUAUCAUCACAAGGGACCUGGGAGGCUUCAGAAAUCCUUCAGAAAAUGAAACAAACGCCAAAUUCAACUUUUGAAGCGCAUGAGCUUUUUGCAGCAGAUCUGCAGGCUUUGGGUCGGCUAUUGCACUACAUUGUAACUGGAGGAAAAGACCCUUACGAGUGUGAGGAGAAUGUAUGUGAGAAUAAACCGUACCUCGACGAGAAACUGCACAAAUCUGAGAAUGCUGAAGUCCGGGAUUUCAUAGAGGGAUUGCUAGCUCCAGCUGAGACUCGGAUCACACUCCUGGAGGCUGAGCAACAUCCAUUCCUGUGGAAUGAAUUCGAAAAGAGCAAGUUUGUCCAAGACCUCGCCAAUGAAGAAGUUGUAACAAAGCGGAAGCAGGAUAGUGAGCUGGUACGGAUUCUGAAUAAGACCAGCAAGGACCAGCACAAAUCAUUUCACAAGUGGACAGAGAAGAUUGACUGUGAAGUUCUUGAAAACAUGAACUUGGGCCAAAAGAAGAAGUCAAGCAAAAAGCCAGUCAAAGUGUAUGAAGACACCACCAAUGAUCUUCUGAAAUUCAUAAGAAAUCUGACCCAACAUUUUAAUGAAAAGGAUCCAAGCAUCCAGAAAAUUGUUGGAAAACCAGAGGAAUACUGGCUCAGGCUUUUUCCGGAUUUUGUAAUCUCGAUCUACAAUGCUGUAAAGGACACUGAAUGGAGAAAGCACUUUCCAAAGGAUCAAAGGCAACUCUGACAGCCAGUGGUAUCACCCUCCGCUGGUCCUGCAUUGGACUAUUGAGCUAUCAGCCAGGAUCACACACUGAAACGGUACUUGUUGGUGUAUUUAAUCUCCUCAGGAGAACAUUCUGAAACUAUGUCAGGGCUGUUUUGGCCAGUGAAUAUGAUAGCCAAUUUAUACAAAAUGGUCCAUAACCAGAGAUGGUUUAGAUAGAGCAUUCCCCACCCUUUCUCAGCCACUGCCAUUUGUAUCAGUUUCUCUUGGUCUUGACCCUAUGAAGAAACAUUCCCAUUGCUCUCUCCAUCCCGUGCACUUCUCUACUUGCUUGUUUGCUCAGCUCUUUUGAAGAAUGAUAGAGUCAUAGAAAAGUACAGCACAGAAACAGGUCCUACAGCUAUCUAGACUGUGCAGAACCAUUUAAGCUGCCUUCUCCCAUCAACCCGGGACCAUAGCCCUCUUUAUCCCUACCAUCCACUUAUCUAUCCAAGCUUCUCUUAAACAUUGAAAUUGUGCUCGUAUUUGAGCUGGCAGCUCGUUCCACACUCACACCACCCUGACUGAAGACGUUUCCCCUCGUAUUCCCCUUAAACUUUCACCUUUCAUCCUUAAGCCAUGACCUCAAGUUGCAGUCCCAUCCAACCUCAGUGGAAAAAGCCUGCCUGCAUUUACCCUAUCUAUACCUGUCAUAAUUUUGCAUACCUCUAUCAAAUCUCCCUUCAGUCUUCUAUGUUCCAAAGAAUUAAGUCCUAAACUAUUCAAUCUUUCCUAAAACUCAGGUCCUCCAGUCCUGAAAACAGAAAAUCUUUUCUGUACUCUUUCAACCUUAUUUACAACUUUCCUGUAGGUGGCCAAAACUGCAUACAAGUCUCCAAAUUAGGUCUCACCAUAUAACAUCCCACCUCUGGUACUCGGUGUGGUAAACUACAUAUACCUGUCUGGACACGCCCCUCUGCUGACUGCUCCUGUGACUCCUCCCACAGACCCCUGUAUAAAGGUGAUUGGGGCACUGCUCCUCCCUCAGUCUCCAGGAUGUUGUGGUCACUUUUGCAGCUAAUAAAAGCCUGUCCUUUGCCUCCCGUCUCCGAGAGUUAUUGAUGGUGCAUCAAUUUUAUUACCUGCAAUUUUAAAACAUGGAGAGCAUUUUACGACCGGAAAAAUUGGACAUUGAUCCUCAAGCUCCCGAAGCAGCUCUUGCCUUUGAACUCUGGCCUGCAUGCUUCCAAUCAUACUUGGAGGAGAUUCAUGUGACUGAGCCUGCUAUCAUGCACAAAGUUCUCCUCUCCAGAGUCAGUCCAUGCGUAUACUCCCUAAUCAGGGACCUGCUGACCUACCAAGGGGCACUGGAUUCCCUCAAAAGACAGUACCUGUGGCCGGUGAAAACCGUCUAUACAAGACAUCGCUUAGCGACACGGCGGCAGCUGGCCGGAGAGUCGAGCGCUGAGUUUGUCCGGGCCCUACAGACACUCGUGCGGGCCUGUGACUGCAGGGGACUGAUGGCGGAACAGCAUGUGGAGCUCCUGGUAUGAGACACCUUUGUUACGGGGAUCAGGUCAGUGUACGUGCGCCAGCAGCUGCUGGAAAACGCCGAUCUUACCUUACAGUCGGCGAUCGAGCUGGCCGACACGCUGAAGACUGCUCUGCACAAUGCUGACGCUGUCCAGCCGCGCGAUCUCCUGCCGGCCUCGUGGACGCUGCAGACCCCGCCACCCGCCGACGAAUUGACCACAGCUGCUGCAGUCACAAGUCCGUGCAGUGUUACUUCUGCGGACUCGAAAAGCACCCCCGAAAAUGCUGCCCGGCCCGAAAAGCUACCUGCUCCAGCUGCGGAAAGAAGGGCCACUUCGCCAAGGCCUGUAAGUCUAAACUGCGAGCAGGGUCAAGCAGCGCCUCGUCCAAGGCAUGGGGGUCACCAUCUUGGUCACCGCCAACUUGCCUGCCCGUCUUGUGCAAGGCAUGGGGGCGGCCAUCUUUGUCGGCGCCACCUCGCCCCGCCUCCGACCCACAAGUGCUCACCGGACACCAAGACGGUGGUUCAACUCUGGCCUCCAUAACCCUCGACUAAAGUGCUCCACACCAGCUUGCAAGGUCAAUGAUGGACAACCUGGUGGAGGGGCACAGGACUAGCUGCCUAUUUGACAUGGGCAGCACUGAGAGUUUUAUUCACUCGGACACUGUGCAAUGCUGUGGACUUGUGACAUGGCCAAUAAGCCAGAGGGUCACCAUGGCUUCUGGAUCGCAUUCCACAGACAUCCGGGGGGUUGUGUAGCAACAUUGGUGGUGCAGGGCACAGAAUAUCGGGACUUUGCGUUACUGGACAUGCCUCAACUGUGUGCCCCUGUGCUAUUGGGGCUCAACUUCCAGAGCCACCUGAAAAGAGUGACAAUGGAGUAUGACGGGCCCCUCGCACCAAUCACUGUCAGAAAUCCUCAGUUUUGUGGGAAUUCAUCAUAUACCCUGCUACUGACCACACACACACUGACCCACACAUCCCACCCAACACCAUGCCAACGGCCGUGCUACUGACACCACUUGCAGCCUCUCCACCCUCAAUAUCCCUCCCCUACCACUGUUCGCCAACCUGACCCCUGACUGUAAGCCUGUGGCAACUAAAAACAGGAGGUACAGUGCGGGGGACAGGGCCUUCAUUAAGUCAGAGGUGCAGCAGCUGCUCAGGGAGGGGAUCAUUGAGCCAAGCACAAGUCCUUGGAGGGCCCAGGUGGUCGUUGUUCGGACUGGGCAGAAAAAUAGGAUGGUUGUGGACUAUAGCCAGACCAUUAAUAGGUUCACACAGCUUGACGCGUACCCACUACCCUGCAUCGUGGAUAUGGUCAAUCAGAUAGCUCGGUACAAGGUGUACUCGACCAUAGACCUGAAAUCCACUUACCAUCAGCUCCCCAUCCGCCCGGAGGACCACCCCGACACCGUCUUCGAGGCAGGCGGCAGGCUCUAUCACUUCCUGCGCGUCCCCUUCGGUGUCACAAAUGGUGUCUCUGUCUUCCAGAGGGAAAUGGACCGGAUGGUGGACCAGUGCCAACUGAAGGCCACGUUCCCAUAUUUGGAUAACAUCACCAUCUGCAGUCACGACUGGCAGGACCACAACACCAACCUCCAAUGAUUUUUCCAAGCGGCCAAAGCUCUUAACCUCACCUAUAACAGGGACAAGUGUGUGUUCGGAACCACCCAACUUGCUAUCCUUGGGUAUCGGAGAACCCUGUCGUGGAGAACGAGGUCAUUGGCCCUGACUCCGACCGUAUUGGAACUCCCUCUCCCCAUCACCCUCAGAGCCCUCAAAUGGUGCCUGGGCUUCUUUUCCUAUUAUGCCCAAUGGGUCCCUCACUACGCAGACAAGGCCCGCCCCCUGGUCAAGUCCACCACAUUUCCACUCUCAGCCGAGGCCCACACAACCUUCAGCCGCAUUAAAGGGGACAUUGCCAAAGCAACGAUGCAUGCGGUGGACAAGACCAUUCCCUUCCAAGUAGAGAGUGACGCCUCCGAUUUCGCGCUUGCUGAUACCCUCAAUCAGGCAGGAAGGCCAGUAGCAUUCUUCUCUUGUACCCUUCAAGGCCCUGAAAUUCGACACUCCGCCGUGGAGAAAGAAGCCCAGGCCAUAGUGGAAGCUAUUAGGCACUGGAGGCACUAUCUCGCCGGCAGAAGGUUCACCUUGCUGACUGACCAGCACUCAGUUGCGUUCAUGUUCAGCAACCAACAGUGGGGCAAAAUCAAAAAUGAUAAAAUUUUGAGGUGGAGAAUAGCACUCUCCACCUACAACUAUGAUAUCCUGUACCGGCCUGGAAGGCUCAAUGAGCCCCCUGAUGCCCUAUCCCGAGGAACAUGUGCCAGCGCACAGCUUGACCAGCUGUACGCCCUCCAUGCAGAUCUUUGCCACCCGGGGGUCACCCGACUUUACCAUUUCGUGAAAGCCCAGAACCUGCUUUACUCCCUUGAGGAAAUCAGGAUGAUGACCAGGGACUGUCAAGUCUGCGCUGAGUGCAAACCGCACUUCUACCGUCCUGAAAAGGCACAACUUAUCAAGGCCACCCGCCCCUUUGAGCGACUGAGUGUCGACUUUAAGGGCCCCCUUCCCUCCACCAACCGCAAUGUGCACUUUCUUAACAAAAUCAACUGAUACUCACGGUUCCCCUUUGCCAUCCCCUGCCCCAAAAAAAAACUGCCACGUCCGUCAUAAAAGCCCUGCGCCAGCUCUUCACUCUGUUUGGAUAUCUCUGCUAUAUCCACAGUGAUAGAGGGUCCUCCUUUAUGAGUGAUGAGCUGCACCAGUACCUGCUGGCUAGGGGUAUUGCUACUAGUCGGACCACGAGCUAUAAUCCCUGGGGGAAUGGACAGGUGGAGAGGGAGAAUGCCACUGUGUGAAAGGUCACACUCUUAGCCCUUAGGUCAAAGGGAUUGCCGGUCUCUCACUGGCAGGAGGUCCUCCACUCUAUCCGCUUCCUGUUAUGCACAUCCACCAAUGCCACCCCUCAUGAGCGACUCUUUUCUUUUCCCAGUAAGUCUGCCACUGGGACCACCCUACCGGCUUGGCUGACGUCCCCAGGGCCAGUGCUGCUCAGGAAACAUGUGAGCAGCAAUAAAUAUUCCCCGAUGGUUGAGAGGGUUCACCUACUUCAUGCGAACCCCCUGUAUGCCUACAUGGUCUUACCUGAUGGGCGGGAGGACACGGUCUCCAUUCGCGACCUGGCACCCGCAGGAGCACCAAACCCAUACCCCGAACACUGCACGGUGACUGUGAACCCCGUACCCUCCAAUCUAUAUACCCACGAGACCCCGCGCACGCUCCCCUCUCAGCCGAGGCCCGUGCACACACCAAGCCCUACGCAAACUCCUCAUGACACUGCCGUACCGGGCAUCAGGCACACGCAUGAGGGAUUACUGAUGCCUAACGGGCUGGCACCUCAAGUCAGGCCGGAGCCAGCACAAUCACCGUCACCGGUGCAAUCAUCACCGCAGCAUCACGUAGAUCGCAGCAUCAGACUCGACCACCUGAUAGACUUGACCUGUAAAUAUACUUGUGAGAAACUUCACCCUGUGGGGACUCUCUUUUUAAAACAAAGGGGGGGGGGGUGAAUGUGGUAAACUAUGUGUAUAACUGUCUGGACACGCCCCUCUGCUGACUGCUCCUGUGGCUCCUCCCACAGACCCCUGUAUAAAGGCGAUUGGAGGCACUGCUCCUCCCUCAGUCUCCAAGAUGUUGUGGUCACUUUUGCAGCUAAUAAAAGCCUGUCGCUUGCCUCCCGUCUCCGAGAGUUAUUGAUGGUGCAUCACUCUGUACUUUGAGUUUUGAAGGCCAAUGUGCCAAAAGCUUUCUUUACUACCCUAUCUACCUGUGCUGCCACUUUCAAUGAAUUAUAGACCUGCAUUCCAGAUCUCUUCGUUCUUCCACACUCUCAGAGCCCCUCCAUUCACCAUGUAAGACCUACCCUGGUUGGUCCUACCAAAGUGCAAAACCUCGCACUUGUCUGCAUUAAAUACAAUCCACCAUUUUCCCACUCAGCCUUUUUUUUUAUUACAGCUGAUGCAGAUCCCUCUGCAAGCUCUGAUAGUCUUCCUAGAUGUUCACUGCAGCCUCAGUUUUGGUGUCAUCCACAAAUUUGCUGAUUCUAUUACCACAUUAUCAUCCAGAUUGUUGACGUAGAUGACAAACAAUAGACCCAGCAUCAAUCCCUGCGGCACACCACUAGUCACAGGCCUCAGUCAGAGAGGCAACCAUCUACUUGUACACUCAGGCUUCUCCCAUGAAGCCAAUGUCAAAUCCGUUUACUACCUCACCCUGUAUGGUGAGUGACUGAACCUUCUUGACCAGCCUCCCAUGUGGGACCUCGUCCUCUUCCUAACGUCCAUGCCUUGCAUUCAUCAAAAUUCCUGGUAACUUCCUCAAAAAACUCUAUAAGAUUAGUUGGACUUGUUGGAAUCAGUUGUUUUUAAAAUAUUUUUAAGGUAUUAGUUGAAUUCAUACAAGACUAAAAUUGUACUUUUAAUUGUAUAAAGAACAUAGAACAGGAACAGGCCCUUCAGCUCACGAUGUUGUUCUGAACCAGCUAAAAUGUAAUUCAAAAACCCCCAGUAACUAAACCCUCCUCCCUACAUGUCCAUAUCCCUCCAUCUUCCUCACAUUCAUGUGCCUAUCUAAAUGUCUCCUAAAAUCCUCGAAUGUGUCUGCCUCUACCAGCAUACCAGGCAUCCACCACUCUGAAUAAAAAAAAACUCAUCCUUCACAUCUCACUUUCAACGCACGCCCUCUGGUAUUAGACAGGUAAACCCUGAGAAGCAGAUACUCUUUGUCCACUCCAUCUAUGCCUCUCAUAACCUUGUAAACCUCCAUCAGAUCUCGCCUCAGCCAUCCCAAAGAAAACAAGCCAACUUUGUCAGCCUUUCAUUAAAGCACACAUCCUCUAAACCAGGCAGCAUCCUGAUAAACCUCUUUUGCACCCUCUCCAAAGCCCUAACAUCCUUCCUGUAUAGUGGGGCAACCAGAACUGUAGAUUCUUUGUUGACAUAAUCUGUAUAUUUAACAGUUUGUAUCUAUAACAAAUGCGUGUAUUUUUCACAUUAUGUGGUGGUGUGUCUCCACUUAAUGGCAGGAAGUGAUAUAACAGUGGUUAAUCAUAUUUUUCAUUGGCUAAGUAUUAGCACAUAGCCCACAUAUGAUUUGUUUCUGUUAUCUAAAGUAUUUGUUAUCUUGGAAUAUAAAUGUGAUAAAUUUUUCAAAAGCACGA